AUGGCCAAACUACAACACACUCAGAAAAUCAACGCAAACACUAACAACAACCUAAACCCAACUAACACUGUCACCACCAAGGUCAAACGAACCAGGAGAAGUGUCCCUAGAGAUUCCCCACCUCAGCGAAGCUCCAUUUACAGAGGAGUCACUCGGCACCGAUGGACAGGCCGAUAUGAAGCUCAUUUGUGGGACAAGAAUUGCUGGAAUGAGUCACAGAACAAGAAAGGACGACAAGUCUACCUUGGAGCUUAUGAUGAUGAAGAGGCAGCAGCACAUGCUUAUGAUCUAGCAGCAUUGAAAUACUGGGGUCAAGAUACCAUUCUUAAUUUUCCGCUAUCGAGCUACCAGAAUGAACUGAAAGAGAUGGAGGGUCAAUCGAGGGAGGAGUACAUUGGAUCAUUGAGGAGGAAAAGCAGCGGCUUUUCUCGUGGAGUUUCUAAAUACAGAGGCGUUGCAAGACACCAUCACAAUGGAAGAUGGGAGGCUCGGAUUGGCAGGGUUUUUGGCAACAAAUAUCUUUACCUAGGAACUUAUGCAACCCAAGAAGAAGCUGCCACAGCAUAUGACAUGGCAGCCAUUGAAUAUCGAGGACUCAACGCCGUUACAAAUUUCGACCUAAGCCGUUAUAUUAAGUGGCUUAAGCCAAAUCACAACAAUAACAACAUAACUAGCUCUAAUAAUCUUAUUGAAGCUAACCCUAAUUAUAACACCAACUUCACCCCAAACCCUAAUCAUGAGCAAGGCUUCAAAUUCUUCCACCCUCGUGAACAAGAGUCAUUCAAUAAUGGAGAAGACGCUACAGCGACUCAGCCUCGGCCAGCUUCUGCCACGUCAGCCCUAGGACUUUUGCUUCAGUCAUCCAAGUUUAAGGAGAUGAUGGAGAUGACAUCUACCGCCGAUUUGUCGACACCGCCGCCGGAGUCUGAACUGCCGUCGUGCACAUUUCCUGAUGACAUUCAGACGUAUUUUGAAUGUGAAGAUUCUAACAAAUAUGGAGAAGGGGAUGACAUCAUGUUCAGCGAGCUCAACUCCUUUGUUCCCCCAAUGUUCCACUGUGAUGAUUUUGCGGCUUGAUGGCCUG